UGCAAUGCAACCACCUCUAACCUAAAUAAGAUAGUGUUAUUGGCAUAGAAUAAAAGAAAUAAAGGCAAACCUAUAAAAGUAAUAGCUAAGGAAAGAAACCUAGAAAACUAAUAAAUGAAACACUACUAAAAGAAAAGCAAAAAAAGAAUAAAAUGAUACAAUGGAUAGAUAAAACCUGAUUAAGCAUUGUAGAUGAAAGCCACAAAAAUGAUCUCCUCAGGCUUCAAUCAGAAAAAAGGAUUGAUUUUGAAGAAAUAUUUUCCCUAGUGGUGAAUAUGAGCUUGAUUCGAGUUGUGCUCAGUCUAACAACAAGCAUGAAUCUUGAGCUCGAGCAGUUAGAUGUGAAAACUACAUUUCUCCAUGGUGAAUUGCAUGAGGAAAUUUAUAUGGAUCAGCCAAAAGGUUUUGAAGAAGAAGGGAAAGAGCAUAUGGUUUGCAAACUGAAGAAGGGUUUGUAUAAACUAAAGCAAGCUCCAAGACAAUGGAUCGAAAUUAAGCAGUUAAAGCUACUAGCCUCACCAAGAGAAGCAACAGUUUUUGAUAGGGUUUUCUUGAGAUCGAUGAGAUUGAUAUUGAUAUUCCAACCUUUCUUCUUAGACCGUAUUUCUUCUAGAUGAUUUCCGAAUUGUUCUAGAGCAACUAGAAAGAGAUUCUUUAAAUUGAUAUCCAACUCUCUGAUCCUAUAAGCAGAAUCAUCAUUGUCAUCAUAUUGUAUUUCUUCUAGAGAAUCUUCGAAUUGUUCCAGUAGAGAAUCUCCUAAUUGUUCCAGAGCAACUAGAAAGAGAUUCUUUAAAUUGAAAGAAUUCAGUUCAGAUGGAGGAUACCUAUCCAGAAGUUUUCGCAACUCAAUCAUGUAUGAUGGAAUCAUCAAGGAUUUGACCUUUUCGAACUCUGUCUGUAACUCACUAUAGGCUCGGGAAAAAAAGAGAAGAUGUGUACGAACGAGAUAUCUAGCAACAAGAAGAAGGAAAAGGAUUGAAUAGAAGAAACAGGAUUAUUAAUUACUCGUUGGAUUUAUUGGGGACAUUUCCCAUUAAGUGAUUUAUAUGAAUCAUUAAUCUUUCUUUCAUGGAGUUUCUCCAUUAUUCAUAUGGCUUCCUCUUUUAAAAAGCAUAAAAAUGAUUUAAGCGCAAUAACUGCACCAAGUGCUAUUUUUACUCAAGGCUUUGCUACUUCGGGCCUUUUAACCAAAAUGCAUCAAUCCGCAACAUUAGUACCAGCUCUUCAAUCUCAAUGGUUAAUGAUGCACGUAAGUAUGAUGGUAUUAGGCUAUGCAGCUCUUUUAUGUGGAUCAUUAUUAUCAGUAGCUCUUCUAGUCAUUACAUUUCGAAAAGUCAUAAAGAUUUUUGGUAAAAAAACAAAUUUAUUAAAUGAAUCGUUUUCUGUGACAAAAUUCAACACAUGAAUGAAAGUAGCAAUGUUUUCCUAAAGACGUAUUCUCUUUCUUCUCACAAUUAUUACAGAUAUCAAUUGACUCAACAAUUGGAUCGUUGGAGUUAUUGGAUUAUUAGGCUUGGAUUUAUCUUUUUAACCAUAGGGAUUCUUUCUGGAGCAGUCUGGGCUAAUGAGUCUUGGGGG